UAAUGUCGGUGAAUGGGGUUGUCAGUUUAGCUGCUAUAAGGCGAAUUCGUUUCGAGCAACUCCAAGACCGCACUUACACUGUCACUGGCCCUUUUGUAUGUGGAUUGUGCUUGAUACGAAGUAAAUUUUUCGCUAUCGUAUUCUUAAAAGCGUUGUUGCACAAAAUCUAACUCCUUUAUAUUAUUGAUCUUUGUCCUUAGUGUUUUUAUUUCUUUAAAAAAUAUUCUUGAAAUCUUGUACACGAUGUCCGAUUCCAAAGUGAAUGAGUUGAAGAGUGAUAUUGAUGAAUUAAAAGACCUGCUAAAGCAGGCAAAACGGAAGAAGGUCCAAGACCUUUUAAGUCUGGAGAUUCGUAAAAUAGAAACAGAAGUAAUUGCUCUCAAAGAGAGUUCUAAAGAUGCUGCCCCUAAUGAAGCAGCAUCAGUUCCAACAACAUCGGCUUCAAGUGCGCCUCCACCAAAGAAACGUUACCAAGUCAAAAUAAAUGGAUAUGGUUGGGAUCAAAAUGACAAAUUUAUAAAAGUGUUUGUCACUUUGAAAAACGUUGAGACUGUGCCAAAGGAGAAUGUAUACUGCAAGUUAACCAACAAAUCGAUGGAAUUACACAUUGACAAUCUGGAUAACAAAGACCACAUCUUGAUCAUAAACAAGUUACUUCACAAUAUCAAUGUCGAGGAUAGUUACUGGAAACAGAAAAAUGACACUGUUAUCGUAUAUUUGGCAAAAGAUAUGCAAUGCGUGAAGUGGUCCCACAUGACGGAAAUUGAGAAGAAAUUUGAUGACCAACGCAGCAACCGAUUCAAAACAGAGGAUAAGGAUAAUGUAGACCCACAGGAAUCAAUCAUGAGUCUAAUGAAGAACAUGUAUGAAUCUGGUGAUGAUGAUAUGAAGCGAAUGAUCUCUAAGGCCUGGUAUGAAGGACAACAGAAGAAAAAGUUUGAUACAUUGGAUCUCUAAAUUUUUUCAUUAUAAUCUAUUGUAACUUCUUUAUAACAUUUAUAUAACUCAAGUAGAAUCUUUUUAAUUAAUCUUAAGUGUACUGUCUACUUCUUGAGUGCUCUAAAGCAUUCUCUAUUGCUGUAGUUUAGAAAGGAAUAAAAAUGAAAGGUAGUAAUAA